GUCGUCGUUCAUUCCAAGCAGUGAUAGUGAUGGGGGAAGCCCAGGGAGCCUACCAUCCUCCCGUUGUCUUGUUCUACAUAGAUCAUUAGUCGCAGGCAAACAUCGCCAUCGUCAGUAGCUACCAUAAUUUCCCCGUUUGAUUCCACUUCACAGUUGUCUCUGCCCCGCACUGGAAGGGUACCUCCGAAAUCGCUGUAAAAGGCUUCUUAUUGUUUCCCUAAUUACCCCAGCCAUUGUGGAUGGCAAAAGGAACCGAUAUCGCUUAAAAUGGAUGGAUUUUUCAAAAGGAACCAAUGAUGCUUAAACUUGUGAAGGCACAUUCUCUGUGAAUUCUUGUUUCCUUGCCUGUGUGGAUGGAUUUUCCAAAAGGAACCAAUAUUGAUUUUGAAUUGUUAAGGUAUUCAUAUUUCCAUUUGGAUCACCACUUACCUGAAUGAUGAACCUGGCUGCCUCUUUCUCUGUCUAUUUGAUAAGCAUUCAUCUUCCUAAACAUUUGCAGUCGGAUCACGUUUCUCUUGCAAGAAGUGCAUCGCUUCUUGAAACACCGAGAGGUGAACCUUUACUCAAAUAUACUGGAUUACGACAUUCUAUGAUCAGUCUUUUGCUCUAAAUGGCUGAAGAGUGACGGCAAGGAUCCAAUGCGACAUCAAGUGCUAUGUUAGAUUAAGUGAAGUCCAUAUUUGUGAUGAGCAACUAUUCAUUACCAUUUGCAAGAUCUUUGUUGGAAUCGAUAUCAUGUGUCUAGUUAUAUAAACACGAGGAAGAUAAAUCAAUCAAGAUUUUAGAAAGGGUAAGCAUCAUGACGCAAGAAGCGAGCAGCCCGCGGCGGAAGAAACCGCUCUCGCCGACCUUUGACACGAUGGAAGAAGACAAGGGCGCCAUCGCUGGUCUCAACCUUCGGAGUGCUCCCAUUGACAAACUAGCCAGUACAUGUAUGGAUUGCUUUGAUGAGCAUGGCUCGUUAGUGGAGGAGACAGCGUUUCCAAGGGUUCUCUUUCUGAUGCACAAAUGGUUCAUGACGUCAGAGGAGCUGGGGAAGCAGUUCAAGCUUUUAUACCAGAGCUGUUCCAAGGCGUCGUGCAGUCGGCCAUCUUGCUCCCAUUCAGCUGAGGACAAUGAAUGCCAUGUCAACGCCAAAAAGAGAAGGAUAUGCCACGCAUUAAAGUACUGGAUAAUGAAUUUCCCAAUGCACUUUGACCUCGACAAGGGGCUGGCGGGGGUCAUGAGCCAGCUCCAGAAGAUCAUCCAAUCAGAAGGGAACACACAACUCAAACAUGUCGUUGAUAUCUCAAAUGUGCCAUCCUAUGAUUGGAUGAGGGUAGUAUCGGUGAGGAAUCCAUCUGUAAGAACCAAUAGGAAGGUCUCGUUGGUCUUCAAUCAUUUAGAACCUAAGGAACUAGCUGAUCAUCUCACAUUCCUGGAAUACAAGAUCUUCAGAAGAUUAAAUUUUGCUGAUCUGAAGAGUUAUGCCCUCUCUGGUCAGUUAAAAGACAACUUAAAACUUGAGCGAUCCAUCGGUCUCUUCAACGGCCUCUCGCUGUGGAUAGAAUGCAUGGUUUUAAGCAGACAUACACCUAAACAGAGAGCAGAGGUCAUUACAAAGUUUGUACAUGUGGCAAAGAGGUUACGGCAGCUGAAUAAUUUCAAUACUUUGAUGGCUGUGGUCGGUGGUUUGAGCCAUAGUUCUCUGGCGAGGUUACGGCAAACAUCUGCUCAUGUCUCAUCAGAAACACAGAAGAUCAGUACAGAGUUAUCAGAGAUGUUGUCAUCGGCAAGUAACUUCAGCAAUUACCGUAAGGCUCUAGCGGAGGCAAGAGGAUUCAAGAUUCCUAUCUUAGGGGUCCACCUGAAGGACCUGAUCCUCCUGCACACAGCCCUCCAGGACAAGACGGAGGAUGGUCACAUCAACAUGAGGAAGAUGGCCCAGCUCUCUGUCACCUUUGCCGAACUCAUGCAGCUCCAGAACUGCAAGCCACCUCUUGCCGCCAACAUGGACCUAGUUAACAUGCUCAGGGCUUCAUUGGAUCUACAGUACACUGAGGAUGAGAUCUAUGAAUUGUCCCUGGCCAGAGAACCAAGAAAUUCAACCAGUACUCCCCCAACCCCCACCAAGCCUGCAGUGUUUGCAGAGUGGGCAGCCGGUGUGUCGCGGCAUGCUGACCAAGAAUCGAUCGCCAAACAUGUGACUGCUAUGGUAGAGGCUGUGUUCAAGAAUUAUGACUUGGACAAGGAUGGCUUAAUUACAUACUCCGAGUUCCAGAGUAUAGCGACCAGCAAUUUCCCUUUUAUGGACUCCUUUUGUGUGCUUGAUGCAGAUCGGGAUGGCCUGAUCAGCAAGCAGGAGAUGCAGUCCUACUUCGUGCGCGCCCACAGCCUGGCCCUGAGCACGAGCUUCAAGCACACCUUCAGCGUCCACACCUACUUCAGCCCGACCUUCUGCGUCCACUGCACCGGCCUCCUCUGGGGGCUCAUCAAGCAGGGGUACAAGUGCAAGAUCUGCGGAGUCAACGCCCACAAGCACUGCAAGGAGAGGGUCGUCAUGGAGUGCCGCAGCAAGAAGUCCCUCGGCCUCAACGGCAGCAUGAUCAUGUCGUCCUCGGCCACGCAGUCCCCCACAGGGGGCGCCCUGCAGCGGAGGCACACGAUGGACGGUGGGGGUCCCAUCAUGAAUGGAAUGAACGGGCUGAAUGGGCACAAGGAAACAAAUGGCACAACUAAAACUAAGAACAUGUCCUGGGAAGACAAGAGACGGAUCUCACUCCGUCAGAAGACAUGUCUGAUCGAGACCGCCACACAGACGGAAGACCUCAUACCCAACACCCCUCCAGAAUCAGACAAAGAAUCAGAAGAACAUGAGAUGGAGGUCGACCAGGGGCACGACCAUGGUGGAAUCAUCUGUGAUGGUCGACGGUUAAGUGAACUCAGCGAGGAUGAGAGUACGAGUAGUUUUGGCGACCACGGAAGCACGGCAGGAAGUGAUUCGAGUGUCUUCUUAAGGUCGCCGAAGCCCGAUUUGAAAGAGAAAUUGAUGAUGGCUGAAAGGGAUCGGGACUCGCUGCUGGCCGAAAACAACAGACUGAAAGAAGAGAUGAAGGGAAUGAAUAUGAAGAACCAGCAGUUAGAACACCAGUUAGAAAUGGUCAAGAGACAUACGGUGUCAUUUAUUAUUGACCAAAUGGACUCGAUUCACGUGCAGAAAGACACGACAGUCUAGAGGUUCAGUGUAACCGGGACACAGUUUUUUUAUGCAGAAAGACACUACUAUCUAGAGGUGGUUCCAGGGGAGCAUUUCGUGAAAGGACUUGAUGGACAUGUUAAUGCGACAAGCCCUGUUUUAUCCGACGGGUGCUGUAGUAACAGUGCUUCUCAAUCAAUCAAAGGACUUUGUCAGAUCCGAAAACUUGUCGGACAACAGUGUUGAUGAAAUGCUCCCCAGGACCCACCUCGUGUGCGGAAAGACACUACUAUAUAAAGGUUGUGACGACCAUGACAAACAACCAUUACUAUUGACAGGAAGAUGCCAUUGUCUAGAAGUGGUCACCUGAGCUAACAACCCAACGACAUAAUACUGUCAACAGCUAGAAGAACACUACUGCUUUGAUAUGGUAUCUGCGUCAUUACAUAACCAGUAAUGAUAAUCAAUUAAUAAGCUUAUUAAUUAUCAUUUAUGAUAGUGAUGAUUAUUCCAAUUAUCAAUUGGAAUAUGGACAUGGUGAUAUUGAAACCCUUUAUUGCAAAGAUUCAUCUCAUAAAUGCCAGUGGCACCAGAUUUAUGAUUUUGUUAAACUCCCAAUAAUGCAAGAAAAUUAGGAAAAAAUCAGAAGAGCACCCUCAAUGUUUUGAAGAAGGGAGGUAGCCUCACAAGGCCUUGGUGAAAGGAAGAUGCUCUGUAGAAAUGAGAAGAUUGAUGAAAAUGUUCUCCAACUUCAAUGAAUGAAUACAUCCAAAGAGUUUUAAAAACUUGUGAAUAACAUUGGAAACCAACUUUGUAACUCGGACCGGAAUUUUGGGAAUCCACUUAUUGCAUCGAGAAGGUCUUCCUACAUUGUAGAGUGAAAGUGAGUUUGGUAUCCAGAUCGACUCUGAAACUGGAGACGAGACGUUCAUAGAACAGCCCCACUGAUGACACCUGUCAAAUUAUGCACAUCUUGUCAAUGCUGCUAUUGAUUAUCUUGCUGGAUAUUAUUUAAUGGAUUAUUAUUGUAUGAAUCCAACCAGUUUAUUUUCUUAAAAACUGUGGGGAAACACAAUCUUGUAAGUUUCCGUCAGCUAGCACAAAAUUUUGCUACUAUUCGAGUGAGGCUUAUAGCUGAUUCAAUGUAGACAUCAGAGACUGAAACAGACAUUUCCAGGAGGCAAUUUCUUUUAAGACAGGUCUAUCAGCUGAAGUCUGUCGCUUAUGGUUCCAUAGGUUUCGGAACACCCUUGUUGACCCUGUUUGAAAGACGCGUACCGGUGUCGACCACCAUCAGUCCUACGGUGAGACCUACUGUUCAACACUGCAAAAGCAAAUAAGAUUGACCACAUUUUCGUGUUCUACUAGAACAUAACUUAUCUUAUGCAUAUUCUUCGAUGCCUUGUACAUAAGACGACGACGAAAGCAUUCAGUGUCCUAAAGAAUGUCUUGACUUGUGGCAUAUCUAAACCAAGUGCUUUGAAAACUAGAAGAAAAACAACGGAUGGUGAUACAGUCACAAGCCGGAGAGACACCUUUACUUUAUUUUGCUCUCAAAUUACCAACAAAGACAUGAGCUAUUGUCCAAAUGUCAAUUGCCAAUACAUCGACGAGUGGUAGGAACAUAUAUGUUUGGAUGAAGAAUUUUUUGUGGCCCAUAUGGGAAAAUUCAGUAUCUUGCAACAGUAACUGGAUCUACGUAGCCUGCGAAAGAGAUGUAUUUUAAAAAGCUAGAAAAACACCACAAUGGCUCUUAACAACAAUAAGAGAUGUCUCAAGAUAUGCAUGAGUAAAACAUUCUUCCCACAACAAUAGCAGUUGGUUGCACAAUGAGGCUGUCAAAUGUUCCAUAUUUAUUUGAUUCUCUUUGAAAUUAAAUAAUUCCUGACAAGACUAGGUUUUUGUAAGAUUUAUUUUUCUCAUUCUAGAUGCUGCAGUAUGAAAUGGUGGCAUUUUAUGCUCAAUUAAAGAAGUGAAUUCAUGUAAAUAUAUCUUACCUCGUAAGCAAGGAAUAAGUACUGCUGAACACAGAGGAAACAGAAAGUCUCAAAGUAUGUUUUUUUUUAUAUUAACUUAUUAGAUGAUCACUUUAUUCUAUAUCUAUUUUUGAUGGAAUAUGUUCUUUCUUUGCUUGAGACAAACAGGGAACAAAUUAUUUUGUGUAGGAGCAUUCAUCACACUCACACACACAUUCUUGUAUUUGAAAUUGCUGCUAAAUGGGGCGGCUAUAACAAAAACUCCUGAAUAACCACAUGGAGGUCGGGGACACACACUCCCGUGUUCUUCAUGCAUGUGAGGACCUUUGUGUAUGUGCAUGGGAAUUCACUUUGGGUCAUUUCUAACAUUCUAAAGCACCAUCUGACAUUCAGUUAGCAGCCAUUAGAGUAGCCAAAAAACAGUGAUUUUCCCCAUUUUCGGAAACAUCCUCAGUUCGAUAGUGGAGAGUCAAACUGCGUCUCUUAUGGUUAUAACACAAUGACAGAUGCACACAACGCUCGUUGUACACAGCUGAAUUGGGUGAUCAUGAAUAGGAAUUCUCACAAAGUCACUUCUGCAUUUUUUGGUUAACGCGCUGCAUGCAUCCACCAUACACAGUCUUUUGGAAGUUUAAGAAUUGUUUCUUUACAAUUAUGUACAUACACAGCUUGAGUCAAGUCUGAACAUAUGGCCCACAUCCAAUGACAUGCAAUGCAAUCUCUUCAUUACUGGUACUUUAUGAACUAUACAUUUAUUAUCUGCCACGUUCUAACGCACAAACAUAUAUCUGUAAGUAUUUUUU